AAGUUAUCUCAGUUUCGUGCAGAGAUUGAAACCCUAAUUCUGUUUUCUACACGAAACCCAUCAAAAUCGAAAAUUUGAUCGGUUUCUAGUUUCUGCCAUUUGAUUAUCAUCUUCAUCGGUACAAAUCUGGGGAAAACGAGAAGCCCUAAUCUUUGAAAUUCGAUUCUUAAUCUCCAUGGCUAAUAGCUCUUUCAAGUUGGAACACCCACUGGAGAGGAGACAAAUUGAAUCUUCUCGCAUCAGGGACAAGUAUCCAGACAGAAUUCCAGUGAUUGUAGAGAGAGCUGAAAGAAGUGAUGUUCCGAAUAUCGAUAAGAAAAAGUACCUUGUUCCGGCCGAUCUAACUGUGGGGCAAUUUGUGUAUGUUGUCCGUAAAAGAAUCAAGCUGAGUGCCGAAAAGGCGAUCUUCGUUUUCGUGAAGAACACAUUGCCUCCAACCGCUGCAAUGAUGUCCGCAAUCUAUGAUGAGAACAAAGACGAAGAUGGGUUUCUCUACAUGACUUACAGUGGAGAGAACACCUUUGGUUUGGUUUAAAUGUGCCUUCCAAUGCUUUUGUGCUUAUCUGUAUAUUAUAUGCUCCUUUAUGUAUGACUAUGAAUAUGCAAAUGUUAUUUUUACUGCUUUGGACUAAUUAAUGUAAAUGUUGCUUUCAAUUUGUGUUCAAUAGUUUGGGUUUUUA